AACUAUUUAUAGCGCCAUUGCUUUCAUUCAAUGAUUAAACUUUAUAAAUGUUGCGACAGAUAUGUGUCAGCCAUUACAACUAAAUGUAUACCUUUUAAUACUACAUUAGAGUAUAUUAAACCUAUUGAACACAAAUGUCCGCUAAGUUUGCACUACGACUACAUUGAAGAGACAUUGGAAGGCACAGAUGUGAUCGUUAGUUGAUAAGGCUUUUCAAUUGAUGUUAUCAUUUGUUACACAAAAAUAAUAAUCAAAAAACAGUUGUUUUUAUUUGAGUCAGUUUUGAAUUGAAUGUCAGUAUUCAGUGUUAAACUGAUUUGUCUAUCAAUUGGUGUCCACACCUCAAGACAUUGUUAAUGAUGGCUAUGUUGUUGUUGUUGUUGUUGUUGGACAUAGUUUGUAUUGUUUGAAUGAUUUGAUGACCAAUUGAUGUCAUCAAACAGUUAUUCGGKUUUAAAUCAAUUGAAUGCCAAAAGAUUAUUGUCAUUACAAAACAAACGUAUGAAUCAAUUGAUAGACAGGGAUCAGCUGAAGACAACAAUGGAUGAACCAAUAGAUAGCGAUAAGGAUGAUACCAAUGAUGACUCUGAGACCGAUUCGCAAUCUGGAUCUGAUGGCGACGAGAGUUCCGACAUUGAUGAAGAAGAGUGUGACCGAAGAAAAGAUGAAUGUACUCUUCAAAUGAGUGAUUUGGAGAAACAAUUUCUGGCACUUAAAGAACAACUAUAUGUUGAACGACUGUCUCAAGUGGAGCGCAAACUGGAGGAAGUGAAAGCCGGAAAAGCUCACGAAUAUCUGCAACCGUUGGAAGAGUUGCAGGAAAAUAUGAGAGUCCGUACCGAAGUGGCCGGCAUUGUCUACCAAUUGAAACUGACAAACAUUAAGUGUCAGUUUGAGGCCGAAUUGGUGGCAAACGACCAGAACUUAGAGAGUGAAAAACAGUUAUUAAAAGACAGCAUAAGGCAAGACGUAGAGGAAAAGUUACGGCGACUCGAAGAGGAUAGAAAUAGUAUCGAUAGUGACAUUUGGAGCGAUACUUAUAAUAAGAAAAAGAGACGGUAUGGCGGGUCAGGUGGCUAUGGAUAUGAUAGAGACAAUAGGGAUUCAUUUAGUUUACAAGACAGACGUCGCAAACCAGUGACAGUGUCGGGACCUUAUAUUGUGUAUAUGCUUAAGGAUAGCGACAUUAUGGAGGACUGGAAUGUCAUACGACGCGCCCUUAAAUCAGUUUCCUCUUCAUAUUUGUAAAUAAUGUAAAAUUGAUUAUUAAUUUAAUAAUUUUUUAAGUA